UAAAACGAGACAAAAUAACAACAUUGUCUUUGCGAAAUAAUUUUAACACUUUAUAUUUGUUAUUUCCUUUACAAACUAAUUUUUGAGUUCUCGGAAAUGCUAUCGAAGUUCGUUAACAUUAAAUAUUUAAGGUCUACAAAGGAUUUUAUGAUUGGUUGGCGCAAUACACGGCCCAAAAGCAUAUUCAAGGUUCUUACCGAGGCAAGAUCAAGUGCCGUCAUCAGUAAGUUACACCAAAAGGACCCUUGUGUGGCGGCCGGCGGUGGUUUCAAAAGUAGACACGACAUUAAAUACCAACCUUAUGAGGCACCGUGCCCUGAAGACCAUGAUGCUAAGAAUAUGAGGCUGAAAAGACCGAUGUCGCCGCACUUAACUAUAUACGGGCCUACCUUGACAGCUAUGACGUCUAUUGCUCAGCGAAUUUCCGGAAUCAUGCUUGUCGGGUACUACAGUCUUCUAGCUGCCGGCGCCCUAUUACUGACUGAUGGCAUCGACACAUACAUCUCGCUGAUACAAGGGCUGAAUCUCUCUGAAACAAUGGUCAUAUGCAUCAAGUUUAUCAUCGCGUUCACAUUCUGGUAUCAUUACAUGAACGGCUUGCGUUUCUGCAUUUGGAAUUUAGCUAAAAUGCUCGACUUGAAGACCGUUUACUUAACUGGUUAUCUUGCCCUCGGGGCGGCCAUUGCUACCAGCGCGGCGUUAGCGGUAAUGACAUAACCUAGGUCCAACUCUACAACGGAUUAGGUUUCUAAUCUAUUUAUGAUGGUCACUAGUACACUAGAACGAUUGUUGUAAAGAAUAGGCGUUGAUACUACGAUACUUCAAAAUUUAAUAUGACAAGGUUUUGAAUUGAGUUCUUAUAGUUGAUAUUAAAUUCUUUAUACCGAUUUUAA